GUGAAACCGACGAUUUUGUCGCCGGGAAAAAAAAAAAAACAAUGUUUGGGCUGUCUUACGGCGAGAUUCUACUAAUCAUCGGCGCCACUGCUGCUGUUGUUGGUCCCAAGGAUCUUCCGAUUCUCGCUAGAGCCGGAGGAAGAUUAUUCGGACGAGCCAUUGGUUACAUCAACAUGGCUCGUGGUCACUUGGAUGGUGUGAUGAAACAACCUCAUAUGCAAGAGAUAUCGAAAGAAGUUCAAGAUUUGCGAGCACAAGUAGACGCGAUUAGCCAUGGUGCUAGGUUUUCUCUAUUUGAUUCUAGUCCUUUGACUCGAAGAGUGGAUAACCAAGCUCCAGGAUCUAGUUCAAGCACCACCAAUGGGAAUGUUUCAUCGGUUAAUGUUGAAGCAAAGCAGAAGCCUGCAGAUCAUUACACAAAGGCUCAAGAAUUUAGUGGCUCGUCGUCAGCUUCAGUUAACCUGCACGCUCAAGCAACAUCAUUUGCACGAUUAUCUGAGACUGUUAAUGGCAAAACUCACAAUCUAAGCAGCGAUUCACCUGUUCUUCCCGUAUCGGCUGAGAUGGCAAAGUUGCUUCCUCAGCGAAAAGAGAGUGCAAGAGGAUCUGAUCUAAUGUUGGAGGCGGUUCUUGAAGCGGAAGUAGCAUAUAAGGCGAAAAGCUUUUUUGCAGAAGCCGAAAAAGAAACCCCGGCUUUAAAAGGGAAGUUUUUCAGUGAGGGCAAAGGAGAAAGUUAAACUCCAGUACCAUUUACACAGCGUUAGAAGAGUCAUCUACACUUGGUUAAAAUGGACCAAAAGCUUGAUUUCGGUUUCUGCUGCGGUAACAAGUGAUCUACGCUUGGUCGAAUUCAGUUCAUUCUGUAAUCUUGUAAGUAAUGCAUAAUGCUGCAGCUUUUAUAGGUGUUAAGGAAAACUCAAUCAAAUCACUAUAGUCUUCUACUCUACUAACUGUUUAUUGUUUAACAUCUUUAUCAUAGUCAUAGAGGUUCUAAAUUGGGUUUUCUUUGUGGCA